AAGAACGAGUGCGUGUUUAGCCCGUCACUGAGUACUGUCUUCUCGGCUCUCUUUUAACUGGAUUUUAAUGUAGUGAUGAGUGCAAGACGCUUUGGAAAAUGCGCAAAAUGGAUGCUGUUUAAGGGUGACUAAGAGAGAAUGGAUGUCUUACCUACACAUGAUUCCCGUCCCGUUUAACGCAAUGUUUCGGGCGCAGGUAUCAAUGUGGGAAAUUACAUUACAGCCAUGAGUGAGAGAUCAAAGAUGGGAAUUCUAAAGGAGUUUCCGUUGGUGCUGCCCCAGUGUGCAUGUUCUUGUGGUCAUAACGCAGUAUCGAGGGGUUCAUAUGUGCCUUUGGUACAAGGUACAUGUCUUCUAGAGAAGAGGGAGGCUAACUCCUGGAUUAAACCAAGAAGUUCCUCCCAUGGACAGAAAGCAUUGUUGAGAGUUCAGUGUAAUUCAAUUUUUAAUUUUAUUUUAUCCCUAGUUUUAAUUUUGCUGUUGUUUGGGCUAGCAGCAGGUCAAGGCUCAGACGAUCCCUUGCAACAGGUGAUAAAUGUGGAGGAAGAACUCCCUGCUGGUAGUUUGAUAGGUGUGAUUGGAGAUGGAAUACCAACUGCCCCACCCCCAUACCUACAGAUCAUCUUCACAGGUCAAAGUGGGGUGGCCGAUGACCUUAAUAUUAAUAAAGUUUCUGGUCGAAUAAGCGCUCGACGAAAAUUAGAUAGAGAAAGGCGCUCGUCUUAUGCAUUUGCUGCUUUAUCCCAAAACACAAAUGUUGUACAAGUGAUCAUAAAUGUGACAGAUGUUAACGACCACAGCCCUGCCUUCCCUAACAAUACCAUGAGCCUAGAUCUAUCAGAGUACACCCCAAAGGACACCAAAAUUAAGCUGAGCAGUGCAGUGGACAAAGAUGUGGGCAUCAACAACACACAGCGGUAUGAAAUCGUGGAGGGGAAUAUUGGAAAUGCAUUCAGGGUAUCCUCAAAGCGUGCAGGCAGUAAUAUUCUGCUAGUGGAUUUAGUUGUGAAUAAUGUGUUAGAUCAUGAAAUUACCCCAUCUUACAGUCUUGUGAUUAGGGCUUAUGAUGGUGGGGUUCCCCCUAGGAUGGGGACAUUACGGGUUAACAUAAACAUCAUCGACGUCAACGAUUAUAUCCCUGUCUUUGUUCAAAGUCAUUACUUUGCCGAAGUGUUGGAGAAUUCUACGGUAGGCUUAAGUGUGAUUGAAGUGUCAGCCUCUGAUCAGGACUCUGGUCAAAAUGGAAACAUUCGCUAUUCCAUCAAUCGUCAGCGCAGUGACCCCCAAGAACAUUUUGUGAUAGAACCCGUGUCUGGUAUCGUCAGGGUGAACAAACCUUUGGAUUUUGAGAGUCAACCAGAGUAUGAGCUCAUCGUGAUCGCACGAGACAAUGGCACUCAACCUCGCGAAGGUAGUGCCGUCAUUUCCAUCCAACUCAUCAACAUUAACGAACAACCCGCUCAAAUCAACCUGGUCUUUCUAACAACUGGAAACAAAUCUGGCCACAUUUCAGAAGCUGCGGCGCCAGGCGAAUACGUCGCUCGUAUUUCUGUUAGCGACCCAGACACUCCAGGAGAAUACAAUGCUCACGUGAACGUCUCAUUGUCAGGUGGGGGUGGCCACUUCGCUUUAACUACGCAGGAUAACGUAGUUUACCUGAUGGUCGUAGACAAACCUCUGGACAGGGAAAAGAAACCGUUUUACAACCUAACGAUAACAGCCAUCGAUGCAGGAGUUCCACCGCUUUACGCGUCUCUGUCCAUCACCAUAUGGGUGGAGGAUGUCAAUGACAAUUCACCACAAUUUAACAAGUCGGUGUACACUGCAGAGAUACCUGAAGCCGCUUUUCCAGGUGUGUCUGUGAUACAGGUGUCAGCUACAGACAUGGACACUGGGGAUAACUCCCUCAUUACCUACUCUCUUCUCAGUACUCCUGAUACUCAGUCUGACUGGUUCCAGAUUGACAGUCGUACGGGCCUUAUCACAACGCGUUCCAAUGUCGACUGUGAGGUCAAUUCCCAGCCUCGACUCACUGUCAUGGCCAGAGACAGCGGGAACCCGCCACGGACAGGGAAUGCUACUGUGGUCAUAACCGUGCGGGAUUUUAAUGAUAAUCAGCCCAUGUUUGACCAGAGUUAUUACAGUGUGACAAUUCCGGAAAAUACCACUGUGGGCACCUGCUUUAUUACGGUAAGGGCCACUGAUCCAGACUGUGGAGUUAAUGCCCAGGUGUCCUACAGUAUCCCCACCAACCUCGGCUUUGAUGUCCCAGCGGAGUUCACCAUUGGAAAUGGCACUGGUCAGAUAUGUGUGUCAGAGCAACUUGACUUUGAGGAGAAACAGGCAUACGAGUUCACAGUCAUGGCCACAGAUCGAGGUGGGCUGAACACGAAAGCAAUGGUUAAGAUUCAGGUAACAGAUGUGAAUGACAACCGACCUGUCUUCUACCCGGCUAUUUAUAGUGUGAAUGUUAAUGAGAAUACCCCAGUGAACAUCCCAAUCAUCACAGUCCAGGCCUCGGACCCAGACUCUGGGUCAUUUGGGAAAAUCACCUACAGACUGACCGCCCAGAACACAGAGGGCUUUGUCAUCCAGCCCAGCACAGGUGUUAUCUCCCUUAACCGCACUCUGGGUCGUGGAGAGCGAGUGAUUCAGCUGGGGGUUAGCGCCUCAGACGCCCUGGGUCUGACUGCUCCGACCUCUGCCACAGUGACCGUAAGUGUGACGGGAGCCAACUACCAGCCCCCGGAGUUUGACAUGACCACGUACAACUUUGCCGUGGAGGAAGAUGCUCCCUCGGGCCGCAGCAUUGGUACUGUCCAAGCCUCUCGUGCCAGUACAGGAUCCAGUGGGAUGAAGUACUCCAUAGCUGCAGGUGAUCCACAAAACUUUUUCCGUAUUGAUGAGACAUCAGGUAUCCUAUCAACUAACCGCCCCCUGGACCACGACAGUUACCCGUCGUUACUGCUCAACAUCCAGGCUAACGUGGGAACACCACCUGUAUUUGGAACUGCCCAGGUAAAUGUGACCAUCAAAGAUAUCAACGACAACACACCGGAGUUUGGGGUACCUCAGCUGGAAAUUCCAGUCAAGGAGGAUGCAUCUGUACCCUCCACAGUGUAUGUGGUCCAUGCUGUGGAUAAAGACAGUGGUCCUAAUGGAACUGUGCGCUACAAGCUCACUGCCAAUCCAGGGAAUUUCUUUAACAUUAAUCCUGUGUCAGGGGAGAUAACUCUGGCUAAGAAGCUGGAUUUUGAGGCCAAGAAGGAGUUUAACCUUGUUGUAAAUGCGUAUGAUCAGGGAACACCGUCACGUGACUCUAGCAUUGACUUUCAGGUCACUGUGUUAGAUGUGAACGAUAAUACUCCCGAAUUUGACAAGCCAACCUACAAUUUCACUGUGUCAGAAAAUGUCCGCAUUAACACCCAGUUUGCUCAAAUGAAUGCCACGGACAAAGACUCUGGAAAUAAUGCUCAAAUAACUUACCGUUUGGACCCAGCUGUCCAGUCUCCCAAAUUUGGCAUCUUCCCAGUGGACGGUCAUUUAUAUAUCAGAGAACCUCUUGAUCGAGAGAUGAAAAGCUUGUACAUGUUAAAGAUCAUUGCCAUGGACAAUGGAAAUCCAUCUAGGUCCGUGACCACGAAUGUUCGUAUUGAAGUGUUGGAUGCCAACGACAACUCACCUGUAUUUACGGAACCUUCCUACACCUUCUAUAUUCUGGAGAACCAAACAUCUGGCACUACAGUGGGCUAUGUCUCGGCCAAUGACAGAGACAGCGGGGAAAUGGCAGACCUCCAAUACUCUCUAGCAACUAACCAGCCCCACUUUGAGAUCAACCAUUAUACAGGUGAAAUUUUGACAAAGAAAAAACUGGACAGAGAAAGCUUACAAGAAGCUGAAUUCAUAGUGCAAGUUACAGACAGAGGAGAGCCACCAAGGGGAGCUAACUGUGUGGUGAAGGUGAUAGUUCAGGAUGUCAAUGACAAUGCCCCUGUGUUUGAGCGUUCUGGGCCGUAUGUCGAAACUGUGGAUGAGAAUCAGCCUAAAGGCACUGCCGUCACUCAAAUCGUGGCACUGGAUCCGGAUUCUGGGGAGAAUGGAACCGUGACGUACUACUUAGCCCCACAAGGUGACAUCUCAGCACUGAAGUACUUCACAAUUCAUCCGAAGACAGGUUGGAUCAGAACAGAGGAGGUACUUGAUUACGAAACGAGGAACAGCUUUACCUUGCAUGUGAUGGCCAGCGACAACGGCAAACCUCCAAUGGUCUCACCUCUGCUGGUGCAGGUAGAGGUGCGCGACGAUAAUGAUGAGGCACCCAUCUUUACCAGCCAUAACGUCACGUUCAGUGUUGUUGAGAACUCGCCACUGGGAUCCAUUGUUGGGAAAGUGAUUGCUUCAGAUCGAGAUUCGGGGGAAAAUGGCCGUAUCUCGUAUUACAUCUCAGGAGGGAACGUGUUUAGUGCCUUUGAUGUCAACAUCACGACGGGUGAGAUUUUCACAGUACGUGAGAUCGACUAUGAGGAAUCUUCUUCACAUUCCCUGGGGAUCAAAGCUGUGGAUAACAAUGUCCUCAAUCCCAAGAGCAGUACCGUUAAGGUCAUCAUCAACGUACAGGAUGUUAAUGACAACUCGCCAGCUUUUGACAUUGACCCUGUUGUACUACAGGUACGUGAGAACUUGUUGAUUGACUCCUAUGUGUACAAGUUCAUCGCUACGGACCCAGAUUCAGGUGUGAAUGGUCAGGUGGAGUAUAGCAUCGUCAGUCAGUCCCCACCUGGCCCAUUCUUCAGGGUACACAUGAAGAGUGGCAUACUCAGCACGGAAGUUGUACUGGAUCACGAGGAAGUCCAGGUGGUAUCCCUAGUAGUCCGAGCCCAGGACAAGGCCAGCAACCCUCAGGAGCGCUAUGAGACGACAGUCACUGUGGUCAUCUUCAUCACAGAUGCCAACGACAACAGGCCCAGGUUUGAGCACAGAGCAGACCAGUACGAGCGUCAUGUUUUUGAGGAUGAGCCUGUGGGAUUUCCCAUCAUGCUCAUCGUGGCGAAUGACGCAGACUCUAACACGAAUAGCAGUGGUAACAAUCGCGUGGGUUACAUGAUCGUGACGGGCAACGAGGAGGAAAGAUUCAGCCUUAACCAUGACUCAGGCCUGCUGGAGAUUGCAUACCCUCUGGACAGGGAGACACAGUCUGUAUACUACCUCAACAUUAGUGCCUUUGACUACGGCACCCCUAGACGAACCACUCACAAGCGGGUCACCAUCAAUGUGGUCGAUGUCAAUGACAAUGCUCCACAUUUUGAAAAGCUUUUGUACCGGGCUUCGGUGGCAGAGAACUCUGGGCCUGUAGUGGUGACCACUGUGAGAGCUGGAGAUUUGGAUGAAGGUGAAAAUGGCAAUCUAACGUACCUGAUACCCCAUGGUAUAGCCGAGGACAAGUUUACUGUGGAUGGAAGGACGGGUGUGAUUAAGAGCACUGGGGGGCUGGACAGAGAGAAUCAGUCAUCUUAUGUCAUCACAGUGUAUGUUCGUGAUGGAGGCUACCCUGCUCAUUACGACACUGCCACGGUCAUCGUCAAUGUCACUGAUAUCAACGACCACGAGCCUGUCUUCCAGAUCCCAACCAUUUACCUCAAUGUCCCAGAGAAUGCUGGAAUGUCUGUCAUACACACAUUGGUGGCCACUGAUGCAGACGCAGGAAAAAAUGGGGAGAUAACUUACAGUAUUUUGUCUGGAGAUUUGAACCAAAAGUUCAGUAUCAGUCAUCAAUCUGGGGAACUUUCCUGCGAUGGACUUGAUAGAGAAGCGGUCAGCCUGUACAAUUUGACCAUCCAGGCUCUGGAUGGUGCAACCCCAGCAAAAUCUGGUCAGUGCCUCAUGGUCAUCAGGGUCAGUGACCAGAAUGACAACAAUCCCAUUUUCAACAACCCCAACUACACUGCCACUAUACCAGAGAACGUGGCCAUGGGCAAGAUGGUUUUACAGGUCACAGCCUUGGAUUCAGAUGAGGGAGUCAAUGGGAACGUCAGCUACUCACUCGGCAAUGACACUGAGGGGCUGUUCCGCAUCGACAGUGUUAAUGGCAGGAUUACCACAACUGGAACAUUUGAUCGUGAGAAGAAGAGUGAGUACAGGUUCCAGGUAAACGCUACAGAUGGAGGUUUGGAUGGUCCACGUUACGGCGUUGCGCUUGUCAACAUCAAGGUGUCUGACAUCAACGACAACCCUCCCGUUUUCCAGACAGUGCCGUAUCAGAGCACCAUCUCCCAGGAUCAUCAACCGAACCAGUAUAUCAUGACCCUAUCAGCUGAGGACAAAGAUGAGGGUGCCAACGGUCAGGUGUCCUACAGCUUCAUCCCUGACUCUGCCAGCCAGUCUCUUCGCUACUUCUCCAUUGAAGCAAGCUCAGGGAUUGUCCGUACCAAGCGAAUGCUUGACUCUGAGGCUCUUGGCUACCAUAACUUGCAAGUGUUGGCCAAAGACAAUGGUUCUCCAAAGCUCAGCUCUACAGGGGUUUUGGAGAUCACUGUAGGUAAUACUGCUGGGUUAUCAACUCUGCGCUUUUCAAACCUGACCUAUGAUGUUAACCUGUCAGAGAGCUCCAGAAGAGGGACUGUAUUGACCACUGUCCAGGCUCGACUGACCACUGGAAGUGGAACCAUCACAUACAGCUUCGCUAACGGCAAUGAAGAGAGCACUUUUAACAUCAACAGUAAAUCUGGAGUAAUAACUGUGGGAGAGGCUUCAAACCUUGACUUUGAGAGCAAUCCUCGUGUAAGACUGAUCGUUGUGGCCUCUGCCAAUGGUGCUUACGGUUAUGCUACGGUCUGGGUGAAUCUGAGGGAUUCUAAUGACAACGCCCCAGCCUUUGGGCAGGAUCGUUAUACCUCAUCAGUGUGGGAGGGCCACCCACGGGGUACUUAUGUCACCCAGGUCACAGCUAUAGAUGCUGAUCAAGGUAGCAAUGCCCAUAUCCGGUACAACAUUAUUGGUGGUAACACAGACAACGCCUUCAGCAUAGAGCCUGCUUACAGCGGCAUUGUGAAGACGAACAUCAUCCUGGACCGUGAGGUUCACCCCUGGUACAGACUGGAAAUAGAGGCUGUCGACCAUGGCUCCCCCAGCCUCUCCUCAACCUGCACCCUGAAGAUAUCUGUGGUGGACGUCAAUGAUAACACACCGUACCUGCCCCCAGUCCCACCCAUCACUGUUGCUGAAGGCCUGGAGGUUGGCUCCCUUAUAGAGACUCUGUUUGCCAGUGACCAGGAUCUGAACCCCACACUUACUUACUACUUCCUGCCUGGGGGUAACCCCGGGGACACAUUCAGUAUAGAUCGUUAUAGUGGCAAGAUCACCCUGGCCAAAAAACUGGAUUUUGAAAAGGUGCAGAGAUACGAGUUGAAAGUCAGGGCCUGGGACAGUCUACACGAGGAUGUUACCACAGUGGUUAUUGAUGUAACAGAUGAGAAUGACAAUGCCCCAGAGUUCACCCAGCAGAGUUAUCAGGUAACCGUACCUGAGAUGACAGGUUCUAAUCAGGUAGUAUUCACAGUGAACGCCACAGAUGCAGAUUCGGGAGCCAAUGCUGAUAUCACUUAUAGUAUGGACAUAGCACCUGUUGAUGGAUUCUAUAUCAAGCCAAAGACAGGUACCAUUUAUACCAACAAGACUAUAGCCUACAGUUCAGCUCAGCCUGUGGUACAACUGGUUGUCAAGGCAACGGACGGUGGCCAGCCUCCACGAGCUUCAGUCGUUGCCAUUCGGAUUCAAGUAACAGAUGUCAACAACUACGAGCCACAGUUCGUGAAAACAAAUUACUCUGCUCUACUGCGUGAGGAUGAACCUAGAGGAACACCUGUCAUCAAGGUUAGUGCCACAGACGCUGACAGUUCCCGUCGUAAUCACAACAUUGACUAUAAGAUCGUCCGUGGGAACACAGGUGCAGCAUUUGUCAUCAACCGUCAAACUGGCCAGGUGAGGCUGAACUCGGAGCUUGAUCGAGAGAUCAAAGGGAAGUACAGUCUGGAGAUCAUGGCAAAAGACCGCGGCACUCCACCAAAAAACAGCACGACAACUGUGAAGAUCACCAUCAAAGAUGUGAAUGAUCGGGCCCCUGUGUUUGAGCAGAGUCAGUAUUACAUUCAGCUGAACGAAAGCUACCCAUCCAACGUCGUUUUCGUCACAGUCAGUGCCCGUGAUGAUGACAUUGAGGACAACGGGCGGGUCACAUAUGACAUCUCGUCAGGUGAUGAUGACAAGGUGUUCUCCAUCAACAAGAACACAGGUGCGAUAAAAGUAGCCUCUAAUAGUCACCUAGAUUAUGAGAAAGACUCCCUCCACAAACUGAUCAUCCAGGCGUCUGACUGUCAGCGCUGCCCGGAAGGUGAGCCACGUCUCUCUGCAUUCACAACUGUCAUUGUCAACGUGACGGACAUUGAUGAGUUCCCACCUGUGUUUCCUGUGCUCAGGUACCUGGUGUCUGUCCCCGAGAGUCAGCCAGCAGGGAAGAUCGUAUUUCAGGCAUAUGCCUUUGACCAGGAUGGAGGCUAUUAUGGACAGGUAGUGUACAGUAUCAGUGGGGAUACUACUGGCUUUGAGAUUGACCCUGUCACUGGCUACGUCACGACCACUGAGGUGUUUGACUAUGAGGAGCAUACUAAAUAUGCAUUUCAGGUGAGCGCUAGUGACCGCGCUGGCCGGGGAACAACUGUACCGGUCAUAGUUCUGGUAGAGAGUGUGGACGAAUUUUCACCUGUAUUUGACGAGCCGAUGUACAAAUUCUCAGUCCCAGGCAGUGCUAAGACCGGAUAUAAGAUCGGUGCUGUUCAUGCAGUUGACCGCGACAUGGGCAUCCAUAGUAGGGUUGUGUAUUAUCUGAGGAAUAAGGACGAGUACUUUGCUGUGAACAGAUCGUCAGGUGAGAUUUACGUCAGGAGGACAUUUCACGAGGAUGUCGAGCGACGGAAGCGUGACACAAGCACGCAGCUGCAUCAUCGUAGUAAGAGAGCACUGAAGGUGGAUCAGGUGAUGCUGGAUGUGGUGGCUAGUUCAGGUCAGCUGACCAGUGAGGUCCUGGUCAAUGUGACAGUGGACAGGACAUGUGAAGGCUGCGUUUAUGUCGCACAAUCACAAUCCGGAGGAUUGAACGGAACAACACUGGUUCUUGUGAUUGUGUUUGCUAUAGUGGUCAUCGUUCUUAUUGUCGUUAUCGCAUUUAUCUUACUUAGGAGGCAUUAUACGAAACAAUCCCCACCUAGCGAGGGUAUGUUUGAACCCACAGAGAUUGUCCCUCCUCGGUCACUGCCCCAGAAUGGGCAUCCUCCCCCUUACAGUGACAUUCACCGCUACAACAUCAACAACAACAUUCACCUGGGGCAUACGACAACAUCGGACAUGUCUGACCACUCGCAGCACUCAGCGUCCAGCGGGCACGGGUCUGUGGAAGACGGAGAGGACGAAGAUGAGGAAAUCCGGAUGAUCAAUUCCAACAAUGUCCUGCAGACCUCUCCAAACCGCGGCGCCAUCAUGCCCGACUCCGGCAUACAGGCAGAUGACAAUGUUUCUGAGCCAUCCAUACAGAAUCACCAGGAAUACUUGGCCAGACUUGGCAUUGACACGUCGCGAAUCAAGGUCAAGACCAAACCUCAUACCAUCGCCAAGUCUGUGGAGAGCAUGCAUCAUUUUUCCGAUGAAGGGGGUGGAGAAGGCGAUGGCAUGGACUUUGGCAGUGUUAAUUAUGAGAAAAUGACUGAUAUAGAGACAGACGAUGAGCUGGCUAUGAUAGAGCAAAGUAAAGACCAUGGGUUCUGUGACAGCGACCCUCAACACGCUGGCUCUUUGUCCAGUGUUAUAAACAGUGAGGAGGAGUACAGCGGCUCCUAUAACUGGGACUACCUCCUGGACUGGGGUCCACAGUACCAGCCGCUGGCAGAUGUCUUUGCCGAGAUCGCUCGGCUCAAAGACGACUCGGUGCAACCUAAGAAACAACCUGUUCAUCAAGUUCCGCAGCGACAGGUAGCAACUCAGCUGAACCCUCCUGUGCGGAUGAUCCCUCCACCAAUCAUUACAGGAGCUCCGCCCAAAUCGCUUUCCCAACAGCUGAUGGGGAGCUCAGCGCAUUCCUCACCAAGCAGUGGUAAGACUGUACACUCCCGCAGCAGUGCUGUCACAUCCAGCCUGCCCCGUUCUCCCAUUAGUCACGAGUCUAGCUUUACCUCCCCUGCCUUAACUCCGUCCUUCACGCCCUCGCUAUCGCCCCUAGCAACAGGAAGUCCAUCGUCAUAUGUCACACCCCCUAUGGGCAGUGGAAGCUCACAUCGUGGAAGUUCAGGGCCCACAACUCCACACGAAAAGGGCUACUCACAUCGACCCACAGGAAUGACUGUCAGUGCUUCGGAAUCAGAGCAGGAGUUGAGGAUAUAGACAUUUUACAUAAACAGUGUUGUUAUAAUAAAAUGUUACAGUAGCACCCGCAUUGCAAGUUUUUUUUUUCCCCAUGGCCAAAAUGUUGAAGAGCUACUUUACUGUUAUUUUUCAUAAAGCCAAACUGUAAACUUUUCUCUUUGCAUGUUGGCCGUUUUGCUCUCUGUUAAGGGUAUAGGUUGUUGAAAUAAGUAUAGAUAUGCAAUACAUGUAACAUUCUUUUAAAAAUAUUAGUUUUUAAAAUUUUUUAAAAAAGACUUUGAGGA